AUGAGCCGAGAACAGCACAUAAGAAGAACUGACAUGGGGGGCGUGGCCAACCACAGAGCUGCAUGGCCGUGCACUAACUCAGCUGUAAGUGAAUCCACACUAAUCGGAGAUGAAACGACACUAUGGGGAACCCCAACAGUAAAAAAUCUGGUACAAAAAUGGGGCUCCUUAACCCGUUACUUUAGAGAUUCCUCGGACCGUGAGGCCGGAGCAGAGGUAAUCAAGAUGACUGCGAUGGAAUCAGAAAACGACAUAGAGCCGUCUAGCCCGGUGAACUCCGAGAUCUCCAACAAAUCUCUGGAAUCAAGAAGAGAUGCAGACAUCAGGGACUUAUUGAGAAACCUGCCAUCGAAAGCAGACUUAGCUUCUAUGCUGGGUAAGCUGGAGGCGACAUUUCAAAACAAGAUUGAAACUAUUGAAGCUGAAGUGCAACAGGUUAGUCAUCUUGUUACAGACCUAGAGGAAGAGAGGGACGUCAUACAGGCCCAAAUCACCUCUCUUAUACAUUGGAAUCCCAAACAAGUGCUCUAA